ACUACUAACGACCAACUAACCGAAUUCAAAAACCGACUAGAUAUCUAUUGAGUGCACCCAAUUGCGCUUUUCGGUUUCGCGCGGCAACGAAUCGAUCGCGUGCACUUCGUGGUGUGAGGUGCGAAAAUUAUUACCGUCGUCCCUUUUUGGUUGUGAAAUUUGUGUGUGCGGGUGUGAAUUACGGUUUUCUUCACGGGUCGAUUGGGCGGUUUGGAUUGAUUCCGGAAGUCGGAACACCGUGACCGGAAGCGUGCGUCCUCGUCCUUGUGUCGUGUGGUGUCGUGUCGUGCUACCCAAAGUGUAAUCCGUUAGUGCUGUCAUUGUGUUUUAGGCGUGUAUUGAAACGGGAUUCACGUUGAGUUCAUGAGCGGUAUAGUGCUACAAGCGGCAGAAGAUUAAGGAAGAUUAGUGCUCUGCCGGAUGACGUCAAAGCUUUGAUGUAUUGUCACGGUGCAUGUUGUUGGUAGGCGAAGCAAGUGGCGAGCGAGUGAUUCGGGUGGAAGUAGCAGUGUUCGUAUACGCAAGUGCUCAAACGACGUUGGACGCUGUCGAAUGAUUGUUUGACGGGAGCGAACCGAAGCCGAUUUGGACAAAGGGAAACGACCUUGAACGGCGACAGCUGUAGGAGCGACCUUCAACGAGUUCAACGAGUAAGACACAAGUGAUUUCGACGAAUCAUUUCUUCAAAUUGUCGAGAAUACACUCGACAACAGCCUAUUGCCUCAAAAAUUUGAGAACUGACCGUAGCCGAUAUAUCCGAGGCCCUGUCAAUACACCCACCGGAUAUACCGAAGUGCUUGCAAAGAGAGAGCUGUCAGUUGGGGGACGAUUUGGAAGAUAAAUUUGUGAUUUCGACUUCCUUUUGGUGUAAUAUCUACCUGAAGCGACCAUGUGGUGGCGAUUCAUUGUCGAGUUUACCAAUGAAUACAAAAUUCUACGUGGAAUGAUAUCCUAUUCGGCUCUCUGGCCGUUGGGUUGCAUCCUUCAGCAGACCUUCGAAGGCAAACGCUGGAAGGACUACGACUGGCAACGAUGUUUGAGAUAUAGCCUCUACGGCACGUUCGUGUCCGCCCCGAUGCUGUACUCAUGGAUGCGCGUCGCCAACAUCAUGUGGCCCCGAAGGGACUUCCGCUCUUCGAUGACCAAAGCGUUCACCGAGCAGGUUGCUUACGACCCCUUUGCCAUCGUGUUCUUCUUCUACGGAAUGAGCAUUCUGGAGCGCAAACGCCAAGCUCAGGCCGCCGAGGAGGUCAUGGAUAAGUUCUGGGACACCUACAAGGUCGGGUUCUUCUACUGGCCCAUGGUGCAGACGAUCAACUUUUCGCUGGUACCGGCGAAGAAUCAAAUCAUUGCGGCCGGUUUCUUCAGUCUGAUUUGGACCACGUUUCUGGCGUAUGUCAAAACUCAUGGCGGUAAGAAGGAGCGCAUAGGGCCGCCAUCGACUCCGACCGAACGCAGAAGAUGGCUCAGGGUGGCGUCCCACGAGUAAGGAAUGAGGCACUGCUACGUUCUAUGAAUAACUGUGGUAGUAUUGAUGUAGUCUUUUAUUUUAUUAUUAAUUGAUCUGUGACAUUAAGAUUUAUAGCUAUUCUAGCUUUUUUAUUUCAAUUGUAAAUAUUUCUUUAUAAACAACAAAUUGAUAGUUAAAUUAGAAACAUUUGCAGGGUUGCUAAUUAUACAAUAAAAGGUUGUGAUCCUUAUCGAAAAUGUUCUGAUGUGUGGGGAAGAAUGCCUCAUACCAUCUA